CACUACACAUCGAUCAUUUGGGGCCAAUGGAUUCAUCGGCCAAACAGUAUAAAUACAUUCUGGCAACAGUCGAUGCGUUUUCAAAGUUUGUCUGGUUAUUCCCAACCAAAUCAACCGGACAGGAAGAAGUGGUCAAGAGGCUGACCGACUGGUCAAACAUUUUUGGUUUCCCUAAGCGAAUUGUUAGCGACAAAGGAACGGCCUUUACGAGUGGUGCGUUCGAACAAUUUAUGAGCAGCCAUAACGUGGAACACGUCUGCACAACUACUGGAGUGGCCAGAGGCAACGGCCAGAUAGAACGAGUAAAUCGUUUAAUUUUGGCAAUAAUAUCAAAGCUGUCUUCAGACGAACCGUCGAAGUGGUACAAAUAUGUGCCUGAGGUACAAAAGGCGAUCAACUGUCACGUGCAUUCAUCACUGAAGCUGUCACCAUUUGAGGUCAUGUUUGGCACCAAGAUGUACACCCGAGUUGAGGAUCGGUUACUGGAACUGCUCCAAGAAGAAGUGGUCUGUCAAUUCAACGAGGACCGCUAUGAGAUGAGACAGCUGGUAAAACGCAACAUCGAGCAGGCGCAGAAGGACUACAAGCGCAAUUACGACAAAAAGCGCCGAGCUGAAUACAAAUACAAAGCAGGUGAUCUGGUUGCAAUUAAAAGGACCCAAUUUGUAGCUGGCCGCAAGAUGGCAAGCGGGUAUUUAGGUCCAUACGAAGUCACAGGAGUCAAAGACAAUGGCAGAUAUGACGUUAAAAAAGCAGCAAACGUCGAAGGACCCAAUGUCACAUCCACCAGCUGUGACAACAUGAAGUUGUGGAAGUACAUAGCCGAAAAUGCAGACCUAUUGUCAUCCGGGUCGGAUGAUGAUGAUCAGGAGGGCCGAAUGUAACAUGGAGUAAGGCUGAAGGCUGGCAACAACCCGGUUGGCAGCGCUG